AUGUCGGACUUCCCCCUCGCCAUGUUCAUCGAUACCAUUAAGCUGCUUCAAUCUCUCGUUGUACUCAAGGUUGAAGGCAUGAUAUUGACGACGCCAUCCGAGACGUCAGACGCUAUACACCCCGACCGCAUUCAAGUAUAUCUACCGCACCUCGAUCACUUCAGGCUCAAGGGCGAGUUUGCCCUUCUACUGGCAUAUCUAGUCAACAUCGACGUGCCCCCCACGUGUUCUCUGCAACUGAUCACGCUCGUCGGAGACAACACGUCGACAUCGUUACGCGACACUGUUCAUCACCUGGUUCAGCUAGUGACCCCGCGAAUCAUCUCGGCGAUGAGCGGCCCGGAUGUGAGGAUGGACAUAUCUCUCAGCCCGCCGCCCAAAGAGCGCUAUCGUGGCAACCUGGGAGUUACCGUACGACGCUGCGAAGGGGACGUUGUUCGCCACGAACCCACUUGGUGCUUUCUCGAAUGGGAGGCGAGCCCAGAACGCGCCACACUUCGCGAAGUGCUUGCUUUCAUACCGAGCGAUGUUGUCAUUCGCAUUAUGAACGUCCUCGUAGAUCUCAACGCGGACGAGUGGGUGACAAUGCUCCCACUCCUUUCCAGAGUGCGGCGGAUCGACUUCACGUCUUACGCACAUGCGGCAAACUUCCUUCUCGCUCGCCACCACAUCAAUCAGCAGGAACUACGCCAUCUCGAGAAGAUCGUCAUCACCGAUACCAAGCCACUUCUCGACGAAAAUUGCGAUCCUUGGCCGGCUAUGCUGGAUCUUCUCAAGAUCACGAAGGGUUGGACCGACUUCACGUUCAGCAUACAUGCCAGCAAGACCGAGCUCACAGUGGAUGACCGAGCGUCGCUGAGUUCCUACGGCGAGAUCAUCGAUCUGGCUCCGGGUAGAUGGCAUUGGUUUUGUCACGACAUGCAUGCAGCGGGGCCAGUCGAGUAG